AUGGAGAAGAUUUCUAGCCAGUUGUCAGUAGUAAACGAUACCGCCUCUUCUCCAACCUCGAAGCAGGAACUCCAGCCUUACAGUCAGCCCGACCACCCCGGGUCCAGCAAUCUGAAGACCAACUCUGUCGGAGAGGCUGUCCUGUACGGACUUCCCAUUGUAUCGCUGGUGAUUGACGGUCAGGAGAGACUGUGUCUGGCCCAGAUUUCCAAUACGCUCCUAAAGAACUACAGCUACAACGAGAUCCACAAUAGAAGGGUAGCACUCGGGAUCACUUGCGUCCAGUGUACCCCGGUACAGCUGGAGAUCCUACGGCGAGCUGGGGCCAUGCCCAUCUCCUCCCGAAGAUGCGGCAUGAUCACCAAACGGGAGGCGGAAAGGCUCUGCAAGUCAUUUCUAGGCGAACAUACCCCUCCCAAACUACCCGAGAACUUUGCUUUUGACGUAUCCCACUCGUGUGCCUGGGGUUGUCGCGGUAACUUCAUCCCAGCGAGGUAUAACAGCUCUCGGGCCAAGUGCAUUAAAUGCAGUUAUUGCAAUAUGUACUUUUCUCCAAAUAAAUUCAUCUUCCAUUCUCACAGAGUCCCGGAUGCUAAAUAUACACAGCCAGAUGCAGCUAACUUCAACUCCUGGCGGAGACACCUCAAACUUACAGAAAAGGCACCGAGUGAAUACUUGGCGCAUGCUUGGGAGGAUGUCAAGGCGAUGUUCAACGGAGGUAGUCGCAAAAGGACCCUCCCGCACCAGGGAUCCACAGGGUCGCCUGCUCUGAAAGCCCACGGACCCAGCGCCAUCCCGCCCAGGAGUUCGGAAAUCCCUCACAAGGCCAUGAGGUGCGAGGAGGAAGGCCGAGGUUUAAACCUCGGCAACAACGUUCGGAGUUACCCAGUCAUUCCGGUGCCCAGCAAGGGUUUCGGCAUGUUACAGAAGAUUCCCCCUCCCAUGUUCCCUCAUCCUUACGGGUUCCCAACUUUUGGGUUGUGUCAGAAGAAAGACGAUGCUAACGUGGUGGGAGAAAAGACGCAGGGGAGCCUCCCUGGUAUGUUCUGGUCGGGUAACAAGGACAGUGUCUACCCAUCCUUCCCCAUGUUUUGGCCGGCGGCCGGCACUCUGCCGGUGCCCCCGUACCCGCAGGCCCAGUGUAAAGUCACCGACAACCCAAACGGUCGGCAGAACGAGAUGGACGCGUCGGAGCAAAGCGACCGGAGCAGCAACACGCCCAAGGACAGCCUGGCGGACAGCGAGAGGUGCUCGAGCACACACUCCAGAAACGAGGAGGAGAGGUCCGGAGACGAGGCCAGGUCCAUAGAAGGGGUGCCCCUAACUCCGCGUAAACUGAACUACAUCUCAGCCUUCCGGCCGGUGGUAAAAGACGCGGAGAGCAUCGCCAAACUCUAUGGCAACAGGGAAGUGUAUAACGGCGCCAGGCCUGGUUACAUGUCCCCGGAUUUUAUGAGCGAGACCUCGAGCUACAGGUCAGUGUCCCCGGACGUGGACAGCGACGGAGAGGAGCCGGAGGUGGACGUGGAAUCCAACCGCUGUCCGGAGGAUGAAGCUUCGCCGGUUGUUCAAGAGACAGAAAUCCCACUCCAGGAAACUCCCACCAACCCAGAACCUGCUCACGACUUGUCCCACCCAGAAACAAUAGGAACACCUUACAACGACCAGGGAUCUGAAGAUUCCAGGCACGUUGAACAAAGUGUGGAAGAAAAGAGCCACGAGGUGUUUUCGCACGAACAGGAGGGUCACUUGCACAGCGUGAAAAAUCCUGCCACGGUGGCUCUCGCGCCUAUUUACAUCUGCAGAACAGACGCAGCCGAACAAGUUAAAGAAGACAGCCAGUGCUCGGCGGAGGACUCGGAGUCCAGGAAGUCGUUUCAGGAGCAGGGUAGCGUCUCCCAGGAAACGGCCGCCAGUACUGAGCGGGGUGAAGAUGGGAUUGCACUGGAGAACCCUCCAACUCAUCUGGUGGAAAAAGACAUUGAGAAUAUGGGCAAAGAGGAACUUCAAAAACUGCUCUUGGAACAAAUGGAUCUUAGGAAGAAAUUAGAGCGGGAAUUUCAGAGUUUGAAAGAUAGUUUUCAGGAUCAGAUGAAGAGGGAAUUGGCUUACAGAGAGGAAAUGGUCCAACAACUCCAAAUCGUUCGAGACACGCUCUGUAACGAGCUGGACCAAGAGAGGAAGGCUCGGUACGCGAUUCAACAGAAGCUGAAAGAAGCGCACGACGCCCUACACCAUUUCUCCUGUAAGAUGCUGACCCCAAGGCACUGCACUGGAAAUUGCUCCUUCAAGUCUCCACUACUUCCGCAGUGA